AUGAAUCUGGAUACGACCUCGAUAGCAGGCUGGACCAUCUACCAUGAUGGGGAUGAUGACAAAGCUGCAGUCCCCCAAAAGUCGAGCACGAUUCCUCACCCGUUAGAUCAGCUCUCAGUGACAGAGAUUCCCAUCGUGGCGCAAUUGAUCCGCCAAUAUGCGAGCCCCAAGAAAGUCAAGUUCAACUGCAUCACGCUACGAGAGCCAUUAAAGAAGGAGUAUGCUGCUUUCCGUCGUGGAGAGAGCCCCCAUCCCGAUAGACGCGCGUUUUCGAUAGUUCUGGAGCAAGGGACCUGCAAUGUCGCAGAGGUCAUUGUUAACCUGACUACAAGCUGCGUUGAACAAUGGAAGAUUGUGAAGGACGUGAUGCCUACAUUGACUCUUGAGGACCUCGAUGUGACGGAGCGUGUGGCAAAGAGUGACACCCGUGUGAUCGAGGCCUGCGAGGCGAUUGGCAUUACGGAUAUGUCCAGGGUCUUCUUCGACGCGUGGGCCAUCGGUAUCGAUGAGCGCUGGGGAUUCGAGCGUCGCUUGCAACAGGGUCUUGCCUACUAUAGGAAUUCCGCCAAUGAUAACCAAUAUGCUCAUCCGCUUGACUUUGCCGUGGUGGUGGACACGGAAACAGAGGAAGUCCUCAGCGUGGACAUACGACUUGUCAAUGGGGAACGGACCAGGAUUCCUUUGGAUGAACACAAUUACCUCCCUGAGUUCAUUGGCAGGUCUUACAAGAUGGACCAAUUGAAGCCCAUAAAUAUCACACAGCCAGAAGGCGUUUCUUUCCAGAUGAAGGGAAAUGAACUGUCGUGGGCUGGAUACAAAAUGCACAUUGGGUUCAACUAUCGUGAAGGCAUUGUCAUCUCUGAUGUCCGAAUCGAUGACCCAUACGAGAACCGUGAACGCGCCCUCUUCAACAGGAUCAGCGUUGCUGAGAUGGUUGUCCCUUACGGUUCUCCCGACGCCCCUCACCAUAAGAAACAUGCUUUCGACGUCGGAGAGUAUGGCAGCGGUCUGAUGACCAAUUCACUCCAGUUGGGUUGCGACUGCAAGGGUACUAUCCAUUACCUUGAUGCUGUCCUGUCGACAGCAAAGGGUGAGGCUGCUAUUGUCAAGAAUGCAGUCUGCAUUCACGAAGAAGACAAUGGUCUGCUGUAUAAGCAUACCGACUUCCGCGAUGGAAGCGUGAUCUCAGCGCGCGACCGCAAGCUCAUUAUCUCGCAGAUCAUCACUGCUGCAAACUACGACUAUGCGUUCUAUCACAUCUUUUCCCUGGACGGAACCUACAAGCUUGAAGUCAAGCUGACUGGCAUGCUCAACACCUAUUGUAUGCAUCCUACAGAACAAGCUGCCCCCUAUGGCACUGAAGUUGCUAGAAACAUCACUGCACAGAACCACCAGCACAUUUUCUCGCUCAGGAUCGAUCCUGAAAUAGACGGUCCGAACAACACAGUCAUUCAGAGCGACGCUGUCGCUGGUGACGAGCCUGUUGGGUCUCAUGGGAACCGAUACGGCAAUGCUUUCUACAGCAAGAAGACGCCCCUGAAAACAUCCCUUGAAGGGGCCGUCGACUACUGCCACGAAACAAGCCGCUCGUGGGAUAUUGUCAAUCCCAACAUAAUAAAUCCCAUCUGCAAGAAACCAGUCGCUUACAAGAUCAUCAACAACCAAUGCCCUGGUCUGCUAGCUAAACCCGGAAGCACAGUCUACAAGCGCGCAGGAUUUGCCCGCAAAUCCCUCUGGGUUCUCCCCUACCGAGACUACGAACUAUAUCCAGCCGGCGACUACGUCUGCCAAUCGACCGGAGAGGACAACUAUCCCGGAAACGAGAACAUCGUCGACUGGGCCUCCAGGAACGAGUCUAUCGAAAACACAGAUAUCGUAUGCUACAUGCAGUUCGGCUUGACACAUUUCCCGCGCACGGAAGACUUCCCCAUUAUGCCAACGGAACCGGUGAGUAUAAUGCUACGGGCGUCGAAUUUCUUCCAGAAGAACCCGGCCUUGUGGGUUCCGCCCUCGAGUGUUUCUGUGGAUAAUGUCUCGAGAGAUGCUUUUCCCUCUUCGAAAUCGUGCUGUGUGGUGGAUAAGUUGGGUGGUCAGGCGAAGCUGUGA